GUUGCUUUCAACCGAUCCUUCGCCCAUUUGCCCAGUGACAGCUCGCCAUGAGCUGGGCACAACUCAUGGGGCACCUGCCCCCGGUGACCCGGUGCCUCGUCCUGGCUGCCGUCGCCCUCGCGGUCGGCUGCUCGCUGGACAUCGUGUCGCCGGCCACAUUGUACCUGAACUGGCAACUCAUCAUCUACGAGCUUCAGCUUUGGAGGUUAGUGACCUGCUUCCUCUUCUUUGGGCCCUUCGGAGUGCCCUUCUUCUGGAACACCUACGUCUUGGUACACUAUUGCUCUUCCUUGGAAGCGGGCGCCUUUCGCGGCAAAUCCGCGGAUUUCCUGUGGAUGUUAGUUUGCGGAGGAGGCAUGAUGCUGGCUCUCACCUAUGUGUUCGGCAAUGCGUACUUUGUCAGUGGGGCCUUGAUUGACCUCAUGACCUACGUUUGGGGCAGAAGAAAUCCGACGGUCAGAAUACAGGUCUUCAUGCUCCAAACCCGUGCGCCGUACCUGACCUGGGUGUUUGCACUCGUAUCCUUCCUGAUGGGUGGCAGUAUGCAGGACCACCUCAUUGGGAUCGCAGUGGGUCACACCUACUACUUCUUUGAGGACGUGUACCCGCUCUUGCCCACGUCCAAAGGCUUCCGUCUCUUCGGAACGCCAAAAUUGCUGAAGCUGGUCUGCAAUGAGCAGGACUGAGCACGCU